CUCUCUCUCUCUCGUUCUCGUUCUCCUUCUCUUGCUUCGCCUUCUUCUCCUCGGGCUCUUCUGAGACGCGAAACCCUAAGAGCAAGAACACGGUCGAGAACCGGAGUUCUUGGAUCCCGAUGGCGACGCCUGGUGAUGGAGUUCUUGCGCUCAUUCCGCGGGAACCCCUGAAUUCCAUGGAGGCGGCUUCUUCUUCGUCUUCGACACCGGCUUCUUGUCUUGAUAGCCCGGCGGAGAAGUCGCCAAUUUUGAUAUUUUUGUUAUUUCACAAGGCUAUUCGUUCUGAGCUUGACCGGCUCCACCGCGCCGCGGUCGCUUUCGCUACUGAUGGCCGUGGGGAGCUUGAGUCGCUCUCGGCGCGCUGCCGGUUCUUGUUUGCGAUUUAUAAGCAUCACUGCAAUGCGGAGGAUGAGGUUAUCUUUCCAGCGCUUGACAUACGUGUUAAGAAUGUUGCAAGGACAUACUCCCUGGAACAUAAGGGAGAAAGCGACCUCUUUGAUCAAUUAUUUGAAUUGUUGAAGUCUGAUAUGCAAACUGAGGAUACUUAUCGAAGGGAACUUGCUUCCUGCACCGGAGCCAUUCAAACAUCACUUGGGCAGCACAUGUCCAAGGAAGAGGAACAAGUUUUUCCGCUGCUUGUUGCAAAGUUUUCAUUCCAAGAGCAGGCUGAUUUGGUCUGGCGGUUCUUGUGUAGCAUUCCAGUCAAUAUGAUGGCUGAGUUCCUUCCAUGGCUUUCAUCCUGUGUUUCACCUGAUGAACAACAGGACAUGAUAAAAUGUUUGCACAAGAUAGUUCCAGAGGAAAAACUCCUUCAAGAGGUCAUCUUCACCUGGAUGCAAGGGAAAAGCUCUGAAAAUCAGUGUGAAGGUCAAUGUAAGUUAAAAGGCUCCCUUGUUUCUGGGACUGGAAAGCUGGUUGAUGAAACGGACAAUCAGGUGUGCGUAUGUCAGAAUGCCAGGAUAGGGAAGAGAAAAUUUACAGACUCGAGCUGCAGUUCUGUUGCCUUAACUGAAGCACAUCCAAUUGAUGAAAUAUUACACUGGCAUAAUGCCAUUAAGAAAGAGUUGAAUGAUAUUGCGGAGGAGGCAAGAAAAAUACAACUGUCUGGAUUUUGCUCUGAUUUGUCUGCCUUCAACGAAAGAUUGCAGUUCAUUGCUGAUGUGUGCAUUUUUCAUAGUAUUGCUGAGGAUCAGGUUAUAUUUCCAGCAGUGGAUGGGGAGUUCUCCUUUGUGCAGGAGCAUGCUGAGGAAGAAAAUCAAUUCAACAACUUUAGGUGCUUAAUUGAAAAUAUUCAGAAUGCAGGAGCCAAGUCAACUUCUGCAGAAUUUUAUUCUGAGCUCUGUAUGCAUGCUGAUCAGAUAAUGGCCACUAUUCAGAGGCAUUUCCAUAGUGAGGAAGUUGAGGUUCUUCCUUUGGCAAGAAUCCAUUUUAGCAUUGAGAAGCAGCGGGAACUUUUGUACAAAAGUAUAUGUGUGAUGCCCUUGAAAUUAUUAGAGCGUGUUCUGCCAUGGUUUGUUGCAAUGCUAUGUGAGGAAGAGGCUAGAUCCUUUCUCCAGAAUAUGCAAAUGGCAGCUUCAGUAUCAGAUACAGCUUUUGUUACUCUUUUGUCUGGUUGGGCAUGCAAGGGGCGCUUUCAGGAUGCCUCCAGACCUGGUAGGUUCACAUGCUUGUCUUCAAGGGUGGCGGAUGGGUGUGAUUUAGACGCGGACAAUGAUAUAGAAGAACAAUGUCCUCGAGCAUUUUGUGAAUGUGCUUGUCCACUUCGCUCAUGUGAAUCAUCAGUUCAGUGUAUGGAGAAUGGAAAGAGGCCAAUAAAACGAGGCAAUUUCUCAACACCUUGUUGUAAUGUGGAUGAAAGUGGAUAUUCAAAAACUGUGGACACCAAGAAACUGUCAUGCAGCAAUCAGCCUUGUUGUGUCCCAGGAUUAGGGGUAAAUGACCAUAAUCGGGGAAUCAGCUCAUUGGGUUCUAAAAAUUCUCUUCGCUCCCUUUCUUUUAAUACUUCUGCCCCAUCUUUCGAUUCCAGUCUCUUUUUUUGGGAGACUGAUGUAAUGUCUUCCAAAACAGGCUCAGUAAGGCCUAUUGACAACAUAUUCAAGUUUCAUAAAGCUAUUCGAAAAGAUUUGGAAUAUUUGGAUGUUGAAUCUGGAAAGCUUAUUGGUUGCAAUGAGGCCUUUCUCCGGCAGUUUAGUGGACGAUUUCGAUUGUUAUGGGGUCUAUACAAAGCCCAUAGUACUGCUGAGGAUGAGAUUGUCUUUCCAGCUUUAGAAUCUCGAGAAGCUCUGCAUAAUGUUAGUCAUUCAUACACUCUUGAUCACAUGCAAGAGGAGAAGUUAUUCAAAGGCAUAUCUGAAGUUCUUUCAGAUCUUUCAGAACUACAUGAAAGAAGUGGCAUCACUGACAAUGAUGCUGACAAUGCCACUGGAAACAACUGUAGUUCUUCUGCCCAUGAUAUUGAUUUGAUUAAGAAACAGAAUGAGCUGGCUACAAAGCUUCAAAGCAUGUGCAAAUCUAUACGUGUCACACUAGACCAACAUGUUUUUAGAGAAGAACUGGAGCUGUGGCCUUUAUUCGACAAAUACUUCUCUGUUGAAGAACAAGACAAAAUAGUUGGGCGUAUAAUUGGAUCAACAGGAGCGGAAGUUCUCCAGUCAAUGUUACCAUGGGUAACUUCUGCCCUUACACUGGAGGAACAGAACAAGAUGAUGGACACCUGGAGGCAGGCAACCAAGAACACUAUGUUCAAUGAAUGGCUAAAUGAAUGGUGGAAGGAACCACCUAUAUCUUCACCACAGGAUGAAACUUCAGAAGGCAGCAGUAGCAGUGUUCUUUCAAAAGGAGUGGAAUACUCAGAGAGCAUUGACCAAAAUGAUCAAAUGUUUAAGCCGGGCUGGAAGGAUAUAUUCCGCAUGAACCAGAGUGAACUUGAGUCUGAGAUAAGGAAGGUUUCACGAGAUCCCACACUUGAUCCACGGCGAAAAGCAUAUCUUAUUCAGAAUCUUAUGACAAGUCGAUGGAUAGCCGCUCAGCAGAAGUUGACUCAAGCAACAACAGAUCAAUGUGUGGAUGGAGAAGAUGUGGCUGGGUGUUCUCCAUCAUUUCGAGAUUCAGAGAACCAGAUAUUUGGUUGCGAGCAUUACAAGAGAAACUGUAAACUUGUAGCAGCUUGCUGUAAUAAGCUGUACACAUGUAGGUUCUGCCAUGACAAAGUCAGUGAUCAUUCAAUGGACAGAAAAGCAACAAAUGACAUGAUGUGUAUGCAAUGUCUGAAGAUCCAGCCAGUUGGACCUUCCUGCAAAACACCUUCAUGCAAUGGGUUUCCAAUGGCAAAAUACUAUUGCAGUAUCUGCAAAUUUUUUGAUGAUGAAAGGUCUGUUUACCAUUGUCCUUUUUGUAAUCUCUGUCGUGUUGGAAAAGGACUCGGUAUCGACUUCUUCCACUGCAUGAAAUGCAAUUGCUGCCUUGGAAUGAAAUUAUUAGAGCACAAAUGUCGUGAGAAAGGUCUGGAGACAAACUGCCCUAUCUGUUGUGAUUUUUUAUUCACAUCAAGUGCAGCUGUCAGAGCUUUGCCUUGUGGUCAUUUCAUGCAUUCAGCUUGCUUUCAGGCAUACACUUGUAGCCACUACACCUGCCCAAUAUGCAGCAAAUCCUUGGGAGACAUGGCGGUUUACUUCGGCAUGCUUGAUGCUUUGUUGGCAGCAGAAGAACUCCCAGAAGAAUACAAAGAAAGAUGUCAGGACAUACUAUGCAAUGACUGUGAUCGGAAAGGCCAAUCUCGGUUCCACUGGUUGUACCACAAAUGUGGUUUCUGUGGCUCAUAUAAUACCAGAGUAAUCAAGACUGACACAAGCAGUUGCUCACCAUCAAACCAAUGA